AUUUUAUAUUUUAAGAGUUUUUAUGCAAUUAUUUUUAUUAAAAUGUUAUGUAAUUGUAUUUAAACGAUUUAAGAUUAAUAAAUCACAUCUGUACCAAAUAUAUUUUUUACUAAAUAAGUGUGAUUUGUUUUUCAAACCAUUCAUGGAAGGUUGUACAUCACUGGCUUGAGAUUCUUCUUCAGUGAAUAAUAAUAGAGAAAUUGAAGACAAAAGUGUAUUGAGUGUGUUGUGUUGAUUUUAGUUCGUUUUUUAAAUAUAGUUUCAAAUUUUUAAGUGAUAUUUUAUUGUGAUUAUUUUUAAUUAGAAAAUAAUGGAAGCCAUAGCGAAACACGAUUUUAAUGCUACAGCAGAUGAUGAACUUAGUUUUAGGAAAUCACAAGUAUUAAAAAUAUUGAAUAUGGAAGAUGACAUGAAUUGGUACAGAGCAGAAUUAGACGGAAAAGAAGGCCUAAUACCCAGCAAUUACAUAGAAAUGAAAAAUCACGAUUGGUAUUAUGGACGAAUAACAAGAGCAGAUGCAGAAAAAUUAUUAUUGAACAAACAUGAAGGUGGAUUUUUAAUUCGAAUAAGUGAAUCCUCACCUGGUGAUUUUUCGUUAUCCGUCAAAUGUUCAGAUGGUGUUCAACAUUUCAAGGUUCUACGCGAUGCUCAAGGGAAAUUCUUUUUAUGGGUGGUGAAAUUUAAUUCAUUAAAUGAACUUGUUGAAUAUCAUCGUACAGCUUCAGUAUCACGUUCACAAGAUGUUAAAUUACGAGAUAUGGUACCUGAAGAGUGUUUGGUGCAAGCCCUCUACGAUUUUACACCACAAGAACAGGGUGAAUUGGAAUUUCGACGCGGCGAUGUGAUUACAGUGACUGAUCGAUCAGAUCAACAUUGGUGGCAUGGAGAAAUUGGUCAUCGACGUGGUUUAUUUCCAGCUACAUACGUAACUCCGUAUCAUUCGUAAGGAUUUUAUUUUGUCAUACAGACAGAAAAUUCUGGACGGUGCUCAGUUACUGAUAUCACAUGCCUUUUCAUUUUAAACAAAUUUUGUGACUUUUAUUAUUGUUGUCCGUUUUAAUUAUUUUUAAUUUUA